CUCCGUCCCUCCACAAGAUGGCGGACGGCGGGGCAGCGCCCGCCCGGCCCGACGGGGACGUGGCGGCGGCGGCGGCGACCCCCGGUGGCCGCAGGGACCGGCAGCCCCGCAGCGGCCGCCCGCCCAGCGCACGGGACCUGCAGCUGGCCUUGGCAGAGUUAUAUGAAGAUGAAGCUAAAAGGCAGGCACUGUGUCCUGACAAACCAACAACUACAAAGAUGAACAGCUCAAAAGUAUCCCAGGGGUAUAGAGGAUGUCUCUGGGCCCUGCUGGAGCAAAUGCCAUCAUGUUAUGUGGGCUCCAGCACCUUCACCAAACCCAGGACAGCUGGCACAAAAAUACGAGCCCCGCAACACAUCAAAGAAAGAAGACUGAAAUGGUUAAGAGGAGAAGAGUGUCUGAAAAUUGGUUCUUUCAGAAGUUUGAGAAAACCCGAGAGAAGCAUGAGCGAUGACAAAGAAAACCAAAGAUUUUAUUCAGGUGACUCUGAAUACAGAGGAUUACAGAUUUCUGGGGCUUCUAAUAACCCAAGUAAAAUUGUUGCUGAACUCUUCAAAGAAGCAAAAGAACAUGGGGCUGUACCAUUAGAUGAAGCCUCAAGAUCAUCUGGUGACUUCAGUAAAGCUAAGUCAUUUUCUGGUGGUGGAUAUAGAUUGGGUGACUCAUCACAAAAGCACUCUGAAUAUAUAUAUGGAGAAAAUCAAGAUGUUCAAGUUUUGCUGAAACUAUGGAGGAACGGCUUCAGUUUAGAUGAUGGAGAGUUGAGGUCCUACUCAGACCCAACAAAUGCACAGUUUCUUGAGUCUGUUAAAAGAGGGGAAAUUCCUGUGGAAUUGCAACGACUUGUUCAUGGUGGCCAGGUUAAUUUGGAUAUGGAAGACCACCAAGAACAGGAAUAUGUGAAGCCGAGACUGCGAUUCAAAGCUUUCAGUGGAGAAGGACAAAAACUUGGAAGCCUUACACCUGAAAUAGUCAGCACACCUUCUUCCCCAGAGGAGGAGGAGAAAUCCAUUCUUAAUGCACCUGUUCUGAUUGAUGACUCCAUGCCAGCAACUAAAAUUCAAAUUAGACUAGCAGAUGGUAGCCGAUUAAUACAAAGAUUUAAUCAAACACACAGGAUUAAGGAUAUUCGAGAUUUCAUUAUCCAGUCCCGUCCAGCAUUUGCAACAACUGAUUUUGUUCUUGUGACUACCUUUCCAAAUAAAGAGCUAACAGAUGAAAGCCUGACACUACAAGAAGCAGAUAUACUCAACACUGUGAUUCUUCAGCAAUUAAAGUAACGUUACAGCUGUUGGUAAAAUACAGGGCAUGUGCUGUAUUGUCAUUCAAUGUUUCCAACAGAUGAAGAAAAAAAAAAAAGGAAGGAUCAGUGUCUUUAUUCCCCCACUUCCACGGUUCAGAUUUUUGGGUUUCAUGUCUUCCAGCUGUAGCAUAUAUACUAACUUUUUUAUUUUACUUUCUUAACAUUUUUCAACCCUUUUUCAUUGUUAAAAUUAAGGUUCCCUGUGUUUGUAUGUUUGAAACCACGUCAUAUACUAAAUGUGAGCUAACACUUUGACUCUUCAGUGUUUUUUUUUUUGUCGGGGGAGAGAAGCAUUUUUCUCAAGGGGGCAGUGACUUUCAUAUAGUUGGUAAGAUUUGCACUAUGGAAAUGUUUUAUGCUGCAUUGACAAACAGCCAUCUGAAAACCUAGCCUGCAGGUUAUGUUUACCUUCCAGACUGUAUUAAUAUUAAAGUGUUCUGUUUAAUAGUUUGACAGAUAAUUAAUGACCUAUUAUAAUUUUUGUAUAUUCUGUUUGUAGUGUUUCAUGGUGUAGUAUAAUUAUUUAUAUUCUUUUUUUAUGUAAAUAUCCCUAUAUAAUUGCUGAUGUGAAUCAGGAGAUGCAAAGCUCAGCUUUUGCAGACUGUAUAAUAGACUGUUCUUAUUUGUAUUAUAGUUCUACUUGUGGUGAAAAUAAGUAUGCAUUUCUUUCUUCUUGAAGUUAGAGAAAUGGGAGGGACCACUGUCAUCUGAAGAAAGGCUGUGAUUUAGAGUUCAUGGGAGUAGGUAAACCUGUGGUCACUUUGAACUUGAAUAUGCAGUUGAACCCUGUGCAGCUAACAUGAUUCUUCACACGAACCGUUACUUAAAUAAAGCCAAACAAAAACGCCAAGGUGCACAGACACGGAACUUUUUUAUGCGGUCACGUGCGUGCACAGAAGUAGGCAUAUUAGCUGGUCGUGUAUUUUUGACCUGAAUGUCAGGUCUUUAUAUUUGGAAUUUUGGCCAAAGGCUUUUUGUAAUACUCAGUGGGGAUUUGCUCUUGCAAUUUCCAUUGUACUGAUUUGGAGGCUGUAUAAUUAAACCCCUUAAUCUUGGAAAUCAUAUAUUUUUUCAAUUAACUUGGCCCUACACUACAGUAUGCAAGUAGGAAUCUUACUUUGUGAGCAGACUGGCUGCUGUGCUUUAAUAUUAAAGUGGAUUUAUAAUAUUUGUGGCUUUAUAUCAGAUGAGUGGAUCACACUCUGAAGGAGGGUAAAUGGGCUGUAUCCCUUGUGCCAAUAUACGUGUUAAAAAUACUGUUUUCACUGAUUAUUUUAUCCUGAAAAUGUCAAAACUUAUUUAUGCUUAGCUUAUCAUUGGUCAGUAUAUUUGAUUAAUCUUAAUUUUUUACCUCAAAAUCGAUGUUUGAGUAAAUUUUAAAUGUGCAAUUGUAUUUGAAGUCAUUAGUUUUGUAAUCUGAAUAUUUGCAUGAUUUAAUCAUAAUUCAUUUAUUGUGCUAAGUAAUUAAAGUUUUAAGCUAAAAAGACCAUAGACAAUUUUUUUUCCCAA